AUCCGAUCCUGUUUUGGAGGAGCCGUCGUGCAGCCUGUGAAGAGGAAGAGGGCACUGCUCUGCGCUCUGACGCUCUCUCUCACCCCCCACCCCCCCUCCACUCCUCCCCUUUCUGCCGAGUGUCACCCUCUUUUCUCCCUCAUCUGUUCACUCCCUUGCUCGGUGAGGCUGGUCGGCGGCGGCGCACAAACCUCCGGGAUCGUCGCAGCAUCGCAUUGUUCACCCACCGACCGAGCCCCCGUUUUGAAGUCGGCGGAGCUUUUCCUCCCGCUUUCUGUUUUUUCCCCCCUCGCUUUCCUUAAUGCCUUUACCGGGGGAAUCUACUGCAUGCACGCCAGUCCGGUGACGUGCCCGAGCAUGUUCACAUCAGAGACGGCGUCGGAUUUACCUGAGAGUACACUGCCCUCACACUGUCAGAGCUUUCUCCCCACCGCGCACAGAGAUUUGGACUUCACCGACUGUCACUGAAGAGGAAAAGGGAAAACACACCGGAUUACAAGGAUGGGGUUCUACGGCACUUUAAAGAUGAUUUUCUACAAAAUGAAAAGAAAGUUGGACCAUGGCCCCGAGGUCCGAUCUUUCCCUUCAGGAAAAAAGCCCUGCAAAGGCCCAGAGUAUCCAAGCCCGACAGGAAUUGUCCCAUGUCCAGCCACACCCACCACAUUUGGCCACAUCAGAACAGCCAACGGUCAGGGGCAACAGAGACGGCGCAUCACCUCAAUCCAGCCACCCACGGGUCUCCAAGAAUGGCUCCGAACAUUUCAGAGCUGGACUGGCCCCGAGAAGCUGCUGGCGCUGGAUGAGUUGAUCGACAGCUGUGAGCCCACACAAGUCAAGCAUAUGAUGCAGGUGAUCGAGCCGCAGUUUCAGCGAGACUUUAUCUCCCUGCUGCCCAAAGAGCUGGCUUUGUAUGUGCUGUCAUUCCUGGAACCGAAGGACCUCCUCCAAGCAGCCCAGACGUGUCGCUACUGGCGCAUCCUGGCAGAAGACAACCUGCUGUGGAGGGAGAAAUGCAGGGAAGAAGGCAUCGAUGAGCCUCUGCCCCUCAAGAAGAGGAAAAUCGUAAAGCCUGGCUUCACUCACAGCCCCUGGAAGAGUGCCUACAUCAGGCAGCACAGAAUAGACACUAACUGGAGGAGAGGGGACCUCAAAUCACCCAAGGUGCUGAAAGGUCAUGACGACCAUGUGAUCACCUGCCUCCAGUUCUGUGGCAACCGCAUAGUCAGCGGCUCUGACGACAACACGCUGAAAGUCUGGUCGGCUAUCACAGGAAAGUGUCUGCGGACGUUGGUGGGCCACACAGGGGGCGUGUGGUCAUCCCAGAUGCGAGACAACAUUAUUAUCAGCGGCUCUACUGAUCGCACACUCAAGGUCUGGAACGCAGAGACAGGAGAAUGUAUCCACACCCUCUAUGGGCAUACCUCAACAGUGCGCUGCAUGCACCUACAUGAGAAAAGGGUGGUCAGUGGCUCUCGUGACGCCACGUUGCGCGUCUGGGACAUCGAGACAGGUCAGUGUUUACACGUCCUCAUGGGCCAUGUGGCGGCGGUGCGCUGCGUCCAGUACGACGGGCGGCGGGUGGUCAGCGGUGCCUACGACUUCAUGGUCAAAGUGUGGGACCCCGAGACGGAGACCUGCCUCCACACGCUGCAGGGCCACACCAACAGAGUGUACUCGUUACAGUUUGAUGGGAUCCACGUGGUGAGCGGCUCAUUGGACACGUCUAUAAGGGUCUGGGACGUGGAGACGGGCAACUGCAUCCACACGCUAACGGGGCACCAGUCCCUCACCAGCGGCAUGGAGCUCAAAGACAACAUCCUGGUCUCAGGCAACGCAGACUCCACUGUCAAGAUCUGGGACAUCAAGACGGGCCAGUGCCUGCAAACACUGCAAGGUCCACACAAGCACCAGAGCGCUGUGACAUGUCUCCAGUUCAAUAAGAACUUUGUCAUCACCAGCUCAGACGAUGGCACAGUUAAACUGUGGGACCUGAAGACUGGGGAGUUCAUCCGAAAUCUGGUGACUCUGGAAAGCGGCGGCAGCGGCGGUGUGGUGUGGCGCAUUCGGGCCUCCAACACCAAGCUGGUGUGCGCAGUUGGCAGCCGCAACGGCACAGAGGAGACCAAGCUGCUGGUGCUGGACUUUGACGUGGACAUGAAGUGAGAAGGGACGUGGUGGGGGAAGGACGAAGAGAGCGAACCGCGGAGAGGAAGGAAUAGAGAGAGAAUGGGAGAUGAGACGCCUAGAAAUCGGAGGGCCCGAGCUGAGAACGCUCCACCCAAACUCGCAAAAUCCACAAACACCACUGCUUUAACAGUGGGCUGUCCUGUCCUCUACCAUCAUCUCCCCCAUCCCCCUUUUGGGUAAAUGUUACUGACAAAGCCACAGACCCUCACAUGUGUUUAGCCCCUGCUUUUGACCCCCUACCACCAGUGUGAGGUGGAAUUGGAGGGGAUCGGGCUGGAAAUGGGGCAGAGGGGCAUGACCAGUCUGUCCCUUGAUUAGCUGGGGGAAAGAAGAGAAGAAGAAGAAAGGAACGACUGAUGAUGACUGAACUCUUGAAGCGACUCUCCACCCUUUCGGUUCGGGGUCAGCUUUGCACAGAGACUUGGUUUCGCUCAAGCCUGACAGAUUUUGAGAUGUACAGAGAUAUAUUAUUUUUUAAAGCCCCCACCCACCCAAAAAAAACACAUACACACACACCCACCCACUAUCCUGCCAUCAGUACGCACCCUCAAACACACACACAGUCACACUCAAACCGGAGAGUGGAAAACAUUGAAUUGUAGGGAAAGAGUAAGUAAGGUGAGAGAUGUUUUAAGGUGAAUUUCCACAUAAUUACACGUAAAGAGCUGCUUGAUGUAAAGGAGAGUAAUUGGAGGGUUCAGCCUGUAAUCAGGCUCGUUUCUCGUCACUCCAUUUCCGUUCUUGUUGUUCUCCACUCGGUUUCUGUAGUUUGAUUUCUUUACAAUAUCGCACACAAACACAACUGUGAAUUUCAGUACCUUUUUGGUUUAACAUAUGAAAGGGGUUUCUCUAUUAUUGUUGUGUUUUUUUCCUCUUUACUUGCAGUUGCCAACAGCAACAAAUCCCAGUAUUAGAAACCUGCUUGGUUUAGGUUUGCUGUCAUUAUGUCACAAGGUUUUUUUUCCCCUUGUCUUUUUGUUUGAGUUGUUUGUUCUUCCUUUCUGUUUUCUACAUACCUGGGUUUGGAGCUCCGCCUCCACAUAAACAUCAAUGCUGUCCAGAAGUUUUCAGUCUUGCUGGGGUGGUUUCCUCAAUGCCGGUGCUGUAACGAGAAGAAGUAAAGGUUCUUAGCUCAAAGCGCUGUGGAUUAAUGCCCCGAACUUGCCCCCCCCCAGACCCUUCCCCUCUACUGUUUUCCCCCAGUGGCCAAACUGUAUUUAUGCUGCUAGAUGGAUGGAAAAAAAGAGAGAUGGAACUUUUACUUGCUGUGACGUUUUAGUCCCAGGCGAAAUUCCAAAUUGAACUCUAUAUGUUUGGACUUAAACAAAAGAUGACAAAAGAUAACAUCCAACAUUUUUGUUUUGUUUUUGUUUGUUUUUGCCACUGAAACUUGAGCCAAACGUGCCUCUACGAGGCUGAGAGGAGGGAACGUGUCCAGCAGAUACUGACGGGAUCGCCUGCAGAGAGGAAACAAGCGGAUGUACACUGUUGGCGUGCGUGUGUGUGCGUGCAUGAGUGCGUGUGUUAAGCGUGUUAAUGGGCAACUUGUAAACACAUUCCUUGGGACAAAGCUCUUUCAGCCUGUUCUUUGGGGAAAUGUACAAAUGUUGUGUGGACUGGCAAAGAAAAAAAAACUAGCAGAUGUAUCAACUUUAACACGUGAAUGAAAGAACUGUCCGUAUCCAUGUGUGAUUGUUGUUCCAUUCAAAGAUGUCUGAAGCAACAGAGGAGACCAUCACAAGCAUCAACUGACAGGUCGAGCUGCCAGGAGUCUUAGUGUUACAUGUGUUGCAGAUAAAAUCACCGCGGUCGCAGCCUCGUGGAUCGUCAGUGGGGAAAAAUAAAAACACAAAAGGCAACAAACGUGAACAGAAACAUUGUAGCCAAACGAAAAUCGUCUCAAUCUCCAAGAGUCACAACUCAAGCUGAACUGUGAAAGUGGUAUAACACUGUAUAUUAAAAAAGAAAAAAGAAAACAAUCUUGCUCUAUCUCCUCUCGUUGUUUUCUCCCUCUGUUUUAAUUUAUGAUGUGGUUUGAGAAAUCAGAUUUGUUGCAGGUGUUUUAUUUUUUCAGUUCAUGUAAACUGCCUGGCAAAAAAGAAAACAGACAGAAAAAACCUUAAAGGGAUUGUGUAUUUGUUUGAUUCACUUAGAAUUUUAUUUUCUUAUAACUUAAGUGCAAUAAAAUGUGGGUUUUUCUUUUUUCAUUUCAAGCAUAUCAGUUGUCUGUUUUUGUUACCUGUGUGAAGGCAUCUUACAUGUUCAAUAAAGCAAAUUAUUUGGUUACUUACA